ACGUCAAUUAAUAUAUUUGGAUGGAAAAACAAACAAAAAAUGAGAUCGAAUUUCGAAUACAGAAGAAAAGAAAUAGUCGAGGCAAACUCAAUGUUGUUCUUGGAUCAAAGUGUUUGUUAUUGGUUUUAUUUCAACAGUAACUGAGGAGGAGUGAAAACAGACAGAGAAGAUGAUGAUUAGCGAAAGAGAGCUCGAAAAGUAGAAAGAGAGACAAGUAAAAGGUACAUGAGACCUUGUAUUCUGAUAACAUGAACAAAGUAACUCAGUCACUAGACAUCAACAUCAGAAUCAUUUGCAUCCCUUAAUUUCAACACUCUCAUCAUUUGUGAUUAUUGAUCAUCAUGGUUCUAGAUUAUUGAUUAAGAUAAUCAGAAGAAAUAGUUGGUAAUCAUAAUGUGAAUGUGAUCUGGUUAAGAAUCGCCCGAAGCAAAAAGGAUAAAUGAAACAAUCAACAAUCUCAUAGCGUGAAAAUCCCAAUACAUUUUCAGUGGAAAAUGUUAUCAUCUAUUAAUAAGUUGAUAUCCUGUCAUUUUUAUGGUUCAUUAUUAUCAUUGUUGUUAAUCAAUCAGUUAAAUUUAUACCAAUGUUACAUUAAUCUCCCCAAUCAACAAGCAACAAACUCGCAACCAUCAACACCAAUAACAACCUAUGAGACACAAUCAACUUCCUCAAUUGAAAACGAAAACAAUAAUUUGAAGCCUCUUAAUGGGACCAGUGCCAAUCACGAUAAUACAAAUAAACUACUCAAGAUAAUUGGAAUCGGCGAUCAUGUCGAAAGGCGCACUCGCCAUUUAUCAGCACCACAAUUCAUGAUUGAUUUAUAUAAAACUUUAGCUGAUCCGUUGACCGGAUCAAUAAGACGAUCAAAACCUUAUCAAGCAUCAACUGUUUGGGCUUUCCAGCAUUCAGAUCUUCACCAAAAUCAUCUUCAUUUUCAUUUCAAUGUAACAACUGAUAAGUUGAUUGGUAAACAAAUUCUGGAAGCUGAAUUUCAUUUAUUUAAAUUGAAACCUCGACACAAACUAACUAACAAAUUGGUGUCAAAAAAAUUCAAAACUCAACUUCUUGAGGUUGGAAUAUAUCAAUUAUUAAGUUCAAAUAUAAAUGGUGACAAACUGCUAUUGGAUUCUAGACGAAUGAGUCUCAAUUCAAUUGGAUGGGAAAUGUUUUAUGUUAAAAAAGCUCUGAUCAACUGGAUUAAGGAUAAUUCAACAAAUUUCGGAUUAUUGAUCACAGUUAAAUCGCUCUCAGGGGAAGAUAUGAAUGACCAUUUGAUUCGUUGGUUCAACGGACAUCAUCAUCAAAUCAAUAAAAGGCCAAUUCUUGUUGUUUACACAUCUGAGAAAGGACAUAAAAGUGUUGUACCAAAAAAUAACACUAAUCAAGAUUUUUCAGCUAAAAUUUUCUCAAAAUUAUUCUUAAAAUAUGGUCAACCCAGUGAAUCAGAAUCUUCCGAAAAUUCUGACGACGAAGAACAGAAUAUGCAACAUCAUCAACAUCAUUCAUUAAACGACGAAAGUGAUUUAAUCAAUUUAGAUUUACCGAUUUUCAAUCGUUUGUCUUGUUCACGAGUUGGUUACACAAUCGAUUUGGACAAAUUGGGUUGGACUCGAUUUAUCAUCUACCCCAAAUCAUUGGGUCUCUAUCGAUGCGAGGGAGGUUGUGAUCAUCUCAUUGAUUCAAUCUCUUCUUCCGCGAUCAAUGGUUAUACUGAACUUGGUUUGACGACAACUAAAUUAAGUAAACACGCCGCCAUUCAAAGUUAUAUUAAUCAACAACAACAAUCAUUUGGUGUUAAUCCAGUUUCUUGUGUACCAACUGAAUUAGAGUCACUCGAUAUCCUUUAUUUUGCCACCGACGGAACGGUAAUAUUGCAGCAAAUCGAUGAUAUUGUAGCCUCUCAAUGUGGAUGCCAAUAGUGUCCGUGUCUGAUUGUUCAUAAGGCUGAUUAUUGAUUCAGAGAAUGUUAUAAGUUCAUAUCACUCAUUUUAUUGAAUCGAUUCGUCAUUUGAUUGAAUGAUCACAUUAACAUUGUAAUAAUAACAAUAAACAAAAUCUUUUAAUGAUAAAAAAUAAUUCCAAUUAUUAUCCGAAUCACUAAUAAGUGAGUUUACAUUAUAGUGUAGUGGUCAAUAAAACUAUGAAUGAGACUAAACAUGGAACACGAAAUUGUUGCAAGAAGUUAAAAUAACAUCGUUGAUUUAGCGGCAAAUAUUAUUUAUGAUUCAUUGAAACUUUCUUCAAGACAUGAACAUUUAUAAUUCAAGAGAAGAAUUUUGGUAGAGCAACUGAUACAAUUGCUAUUAAAUUACUUCCAUCUUCCAACCCAAUCUGUCUUACACAACACCAAUUGUCACCGAAAGUUCGAUAUUCAUAAACUUUCUUCGAGGAUUUAUCACAAACCCAGAGUUUAUCAUUGUAAUUGAGAAGUUCCAAGCGUUUGAAGUCCAAACCUUCUUCGUCAAUAAAUUUGAUUUCUUUCCAGCUUUUAUCAUUCAGAUUGAAUUGAAACAGAGUGAACGACUCUUCGAGUAGAUAAACUACAUCCUGGAUUACACAAGCAUGGUAUUCUGAAGGAUUGACUUGAUCAUUGAAUACUUUUUUAUUUUUUACGAUUUCGUAAGCAACACUGCUACAAAAACCAUCAUUUUCGAAGUUGAACAAAUUGUACAAAGUAACAGCAGCGAAAUGACUUCCAAGAUCAAUGAUACAUUGAGUUGAAACAAAACUGGUUUCGUGAAAUUCC